CCGGAAUCAUCAUCAUCACCUCGUGCUAGUGUUGCAGAUGGUGAGGUAGCCUGGGUAAGUGGGUAAUCAAGUCUGUACUAACAACACCAGAGAGCUACUGACGACAGUCUUGACACAGUUAUGAACCAAGAAAAGCUUGCCAAACUCCAGGCUCAAGUCCGGAUAGGGGGAAAGGGAUCGGCCCGUAGGAAGAAAAAGGUAGUUCACAGGACAGCCACCGCAGAUGACAAAAAACUGCAGAGUUCUUUGAAGAAACUAGCUGUGAACAACAUUGCUGGUAUUGAAGAGGUAAACAUGAUAAAGGACGAUGGGAUGGUGAUCCACUUUAACAACCCCAAGGUUCAAGCCUCACUGUCAGCAAACACAUUUGCCAUCACUGGCCACGCAGAGACCAAACAGCUCACUGAGAUGCUGCCUGGGAUCCUCAGCCAGCUGGGGGCUGACAGUCUGAGCAGCCUGCGGAAACUGGCAGAGCACUUCCCCCGGCAAGCAUUGGAAACUAAGGCAAACAAACCAGAAGAUAUUGAAGAGGAAGAUGAUGACGUUCCAGAUCUUGUAGAAAACUUUGAUGAAGCCUCAAAGGAUGAAGCCAACUAAUGAAUCAAAGUCACCAUCAUCCACCCUUAUUUGGUCUCAAAGGUGCAUUUGUUACAGUUAUAAUGUAAUCGAGGAUUGCAAUGUUGGAGAAAUAUCAUAAUAUCAAGGACAACCACCAAGGGAUGUGUUCUGUUUUUUAACUUGGUGGACCUCUGCCUAACAAGAAAUACUACUGUUUAAUUUGCCUUUCAGAACUGUCAAGGAACCAUCAAUCGGAUGAUCCUGUAUUUAAAAUGUAUUGUUUAUUAAAGAAAAUGAUUCAUGAAAA